AUGAAAGGACAAAUCAAUCGUACAAUCAAUCCCAAGAACGGUGGUGGAGGACAUCGUCGUUCUAAUUCUCGUUAUAAUGGAAGCCCCAAUGAAGAUUCUACUACCAGUACUAGUCCAACUACUGGGGGCAACAACAAAGGUAAUGAUAGAUUAUUAUAUUUAUUAUCAAAAUCAACUGGUAAAAAAUGUAUUGCCACUAUAACUGAUGGAUCACGUUAUCAAGGUCUCUUAGUUGCCAGUGAUUUAUCUGCCAAUGGAUCAGCCCCAUUAUCCAUUGUAUUAUAUAAACCUCAAUUGAUUAGUAAACCUUUAAUCAAUGAAAAAAAUAAUCUUGAUGAUGAUAAUGAAUUACCUGAAAAUUUAAUAAUUCAAGCUAAGAAUUUAAUUGAUCUUGAAGUCAAUGAUAUUAAUUUAAAUGAACCUAUUAUUGAUUCUGCUGCUACUGUUGCUGGUGCUGUUACUACUAAUGGUAAAGAACCAGUUAAGGAAGGAGUUGUUGUCGCUCCUGUUAAGACCACUACUCCUACCCCUGCAACUAGUACUACUACUUCCCCUCCAGUUGCAAAGGCUGUAACUCCUACUCCUAUUGAACAACAACCAGCCGAACCAAAGAAGGUCACAUUGAAGGAAGAACCAAAGAAAGUCACCUUGAAGGAAGAACCAAAAUUCAAAACGGAUUCUGAUAUUUCUGGAAAAUUCGCAAUUAAAGAACGUGAAUUACAAAGAUGGGUUCCUGAUGAAGAUAUUGCUCAUCAUCCUGCGUUAACAUUAGAAUCUGGUUCAACUGGUGGUGCAUGGGAUCAAUUCAAAGUCAAUGAAGAAAGAUUCGGAGUUGAAUCAACCUAUGAUGAACAUUUAUACACUACUAGAAUUGAUACUUCUGCUCCUGAUUAUCAUGAACGGGUUGCUAGAGCUGAUAGGAUCGCCAGAGAAAUUGAAACUCAAGCUACUUCAGAUCGCCACAUUUUGGAAGAAAGAGGUAUUAUUGUCGAUGAUAGUGGAAUCGAUGAAGAAGAUAAAUAUUCAGGGGUUGAUAGAAGAGGGGAUGAAUUAAUGGCGGCAUUAAGAAAUGCUACCUUGUCUCAAGAAUCUUUGACAAGUCCAACUAGGGGGGAUGUCCCAAAGCUGUCCCCGGGGAAAUAUGUUAUUCCUAGACAUAGAGCUGCUCAAUAUCAUAAUGAUCCUGCUAUUGUUUCUAGUUCGGCAGUUAAGGCCGUUGCUUCUACUCCACCUCAACAGACUCAAGCAUCACCUGCACCAGUUUCAACUUCAGUUCCUGCGCCAGCUCCUGUUAAGGAACAAGCUGUUCCAGUACCAGUUCCAACAAUCCCAGCAAAACCUCAAGUUAGUCAAUCGGUUCAAGCAACAGCUUCUUCAACUAGUCUUAGUUCACCAAAACCAGAAGUCAAACCCGUGGUACUUCCAAAGAAACAACCAGAUUCAAUUCCACCAAAACCACAAAUUCCAGCUGGUCAGCAUAAUGAAUCAUUUAGAUUAAAUGCCCAGAGUGAGAUCAAUUCUUUACGUGAAUUUAGUGCCAAUUUCAAAAUCCCUCAUAAGAUGCCUCAAGAUUUAUUACCAAUAUUGGCAAAAGAUAAAUUGAAACAAGAUGAGAUUUUAAAGAAACAACGUGAACAACAACAACAAAAGGCAAAGAAGGAAGCUGAAAUUGCUGCAGCAGCUGCUCAAAAGAAGAAAGAUUCUACUGCUUCGGUUGCUGCUAGUGCUUCUACUACCACUGUGGCUGCCGCUCCUCCUAGUAUCCCGGCUACACCUGUGGUUGCUGGUACUAGUGCUGCUGCUACUCCUACCACUGGAACUUCGAAAACAUUCAAAUUGAAUCCAAAGGCUGCGGUAUUUACUCCGUCUACUAAACAUGCUCAAUUAACGUCGCCAAAACAACCAAAGGUUAAUUAUCAUAGAUCUCCAAGUAAUGUUUCCCCAAGAAUGGCACAUUCAAGACCAUAUUCAUCAAAUGGCUCAAUUAGUUCUCAAGGUUCGACAAAGAGACAUCAUCAAAUCUCAGCAGCUGAUUUCUUUGGAGGUGUUGAUAAAAUCCCCAGCAAAGAGAGUCAAGAGAAAAAGAUUAAUGCAUUUAAGUUUGGAUUUAGUUUAUUUGUUACAACCAGAAACAAACAUGAUUUUGAAAAAGAUGGUCCGGUAGUUUAUUAUGAACGUACUUUCCAAACUCCACCAACUUGGGAUUCAACCAUUGAUGAAACUCAUGAUAAAUUAUUCCCAAUGCUUUCACCAUCUCCAACAAAUACCAUGAAACCAAUACCUGGCAUGAUGAUCCCAACUGCAUCCCCAUUCAUACCAAACCCCAUGAUGGCAGCUGCUGCAGGUGGACCAGGUGGCGCACCAAUAGCGACAGGAUAUCACCCUCAUCAUCAUCAACAACAUCCAUCCGCCAAUCCUAAUAAGUUCCCCAUGUCUCCUCAACAACAACAAGCCGCGGCAGCUGCUGCGGCCAUGGCCAUGCAAUUCCAACAACAACAACAACAAUUCCAUGCCGCCAUGUUUCAAUAUCAACAACAACAACAGCAUCAUCCACAACAGCAUCAAUUUGUGAGUCCGCCAGGCGCAGGACAGCCACCGAUGGGGAUGUAUCCCGCCAUGGGUGAUCCUGGGGCAUUUUUGCCUCCGGGAGCCGUUUCUGGUGCUGGGUUUAUUCCAGGCAUGCCGGUAGCGUUUGGGUCGGGUGUGAGUAGUCCUGUGAAUGGAAAUAUUAUGAUGGCGGGUGCGACGCCUCCAUAUUCGUCUGCGAGUGGUCAGGGGGGACAAGGUGGACAAGGACAGCAUGGUGGAUAUGGUGGUGGACAUCAUGGGAGACGAUAUGGUAGUCAUUCAAAAAGAGGUGGUGGUGGAGGUGGACAACAUAAUUGA